CUUGUGAGUAUAACAUGUGUCCUAAAACACGUCACUUCCGAUCAACAGCCACACUGGAAAAGUUAGGCAUUAGCGCAACAAGUCGCAGGACAUGACCGACAACCUACUGGCUAAAUACCGACACACCGUGAACGCUGUUCUCAUUUUGGGAUUCGAACAUGUAGCCUUCUCGACACCGACCCGAGGUAUGCCGAUGCAUCCAGUUAGCUGACGUGUGCAGGCACCCCCAGGGUCCUUGUGCCCCCCUCUAUGAUGGUGGACAUCCCAGGGGAGGCGCACAGCCCGGCUGCCCGCCUCAGGUUCUCCAUGCUGGGCAGCCCUCUUUACGGAGACCUGCUGGAUGACCUAGAGGACAUAUCACGCUCCAUCAGCAAUGAUACACUGGGUUCACUGGACCUACCAGACCUUCAGAGCACUGGGCCAGGCUCGGAGAGAACCGUCAUACUGGACAGCCUGACCCCUGCCUCCAGUCCGUCCUCUGUAUCCAACAGUGCGAAUCCCGGUGGCGAGGAAAUGCCCUGCCCCCUGACUCCUCCCCCUGUCCUCCAGUGCAGAGUGUGCUCUGACAAGGCGUCGGGCUUCCACUAUGGGGUGCACGCCUGCGAGGGCUGCAAGGGUUUCUUCAGGAGAACGAUUCGCCUGAAGCUGGAGUACGAGAAGUGUGAGCUCAGAUGCAGGAUCCACAAGAAGAACCGCAACAAGUGCCAGUAUUGCCGCUUCCACAAGUGUCUCAGCGAGGGCAUGUCACACAACGCGAUCCGCUUCGGGCGUAUUCCCCAGUCGGAGAAACAGAGGUUGAAGGUGGAAUUUGGGAUGGGGGGGAGGAGCGAGGCGGAGCAAACCCUAACGCCCCCCGACCACAAGGUCCUGGUGCAGCAGAUCCACCAGGCCUACAUGAGGAACUUCAGCAUGAACAAGGACAGGGCUAGACUGAUACUGACCGGCAAGACCAGCCGACCGCCAUUUGUUAUCCACGACAUGGAGACCUUCCAGGCGGCGGAGCAAACCCUGGAGGUGAGAGGUGCAGCAGGGCCUAGCCCCGGCCCAGUCCGAGGCCUCACAGCUGGGAAGGAGCUCCUGGUGGAGGGGCCCGGCGAGGCAGAGGCCCGGCUGUUCCUCUGCUGCCAGAGCGCCUCAGUGGAGGCGGUCACAGAGCUGACGGAGUUCGCCAAGAACAUCCCUGGCUUUCUCCACCUCGACCUCAACGACCAGGUGACCCUGUUGAAGUACGGUGUGUACGAGGCCCUCUUCACCCUCCUUGCCUCCUGCAUGAAUAAAGACGGCCUCCUGGUGGCGCGCGGCGGGGGCUUCAUCACCCGUGAGUUCCUGAAAAGUCUGCGGCGGCCCUUUAGUGACAUGAUGGAGCCCAAGUUCCAGUUUGCCACGCGCUUCAACGCUCUGCAGCUGGAUGACAGCGACCUGGCGCUGUUCGUCUCUGCAAUCAUCUGCUGCGGAGAUCGUCCAGGGUUAGUGAACGCCUCCCUGGUGGAGCGACUCCAGGAGAGUGUUGUGCAGGCUCUGCAGCUUCAUCUGGUGGCCAACCACCGUGACAAUGCCUUCCUCUUCCCUAAGCUGCUGCAGAAGUUGGCCGACCUGCGAGAGCUGGUCACCGAGCAUGCUCAGUUGGUGCAGGACAUUGAGACGACGGAGGAUACGUCUCUCCAUCCGCUCCUGCAAGAGAUUUACAGGGACAUGUACUGAGUAAAAUAAAGGCAUGUUCCAUUUUACAGGGACAUGGACUGAUUAAAAAAGAUGCAUGUUCUGAUUUACAAGGACAUGUACUCAAUGAGAGAGAGACAAUACGUGAAGAAAAGCACUGCAGCCUCUAGUUGCUGCUUGUGGGAGUUUACAAUAUUGUAGAUGGAAGUGCUUAAAACCAGGAAAUGAAAAUCAACAAGGGUCAACCAAGGGUCACUGAAUAUUGCUUGUUCUUUGCUGGACGUAUACUGCAAGAAACACUAAUGAGCUUAAAGUUAAAGGAUAAGUUAACUAUCGUGGACAACAUGGCGUAUUCACAGGUGCUUUUGAAUAGGCCAUGAUCCUAGCGUUUAAACACCAUACUAUCCACAGAUUGUCCAACUUGAUUCUAGUGUGUAGAAACCAUUAUAUCCCCAACCUGUGUUUUUUUCUUCUUCAUAUUGUGAUGUAGCUGAGCUAGAAUGGUAGGCAAGCAUGCAAAUGUUUGAGAAGAUGAAAAAUUUAGCAUUUAUUCAAUAGUUGAAUUUGAAGUGAAACUACUACACAAUCAAACUCAUUAUUUAUGCAAUUUGUGAAAUAAUAGAAACAUGAAAAAAACUUUUUAGAUCAUGCUAGAAUCAUUCAAUCUGUGAAUAGGCACAGAAUUAUCCUUUUAACCAAAGUUCAACUGUUGAGCCCAUCCCUUCUGACCAAUCAUGACCCCAGCUGUUCCAUGAUCUGUUCUAAUGGGGUGCAAUGCUGCAUUUGUCUGGUUGGGCUGUAACGGGGAUGUGUGGUUAUUCACCUUAAAUAUCGACCCAUUUUUUGAUGCUUCUUUGGAGCAGGUUUAUCUCUCGAUUUCCAAUUACAAUGCAAAUCUAAUCUGAACAUAUGUAUUCUCGAUCAGAGCCAAAUAUGAACAUUUCCUUUAUCGUGUGUCCAUAUGAAUAUCGGGACAGUGUGAUAUAGGCAUUAAGGAAACCACGCCUUUGAAGAUUGAUAGCUUUGUCUUCUGGGCCCCUCACACCCCAAGAGGUAGGAGAUCUAUAUGAACCUCUACAGAGGUGUGUAUGGAUACUACAGAUUUGAGCAUGGCCGUGCAAUGUUGGUGGAAACAUGAGGAUAUAUGAUAGAAUGAUCAAUUGCGACACAAUAUAUAUGUGUAUAUAUAUGUAUGCAAGGUAUGAACUGAGUAUAGCCAUGACAGUCUGGCUUCAGUAACAGCCGCCAUCAUUAUUUACCUGCAAGCAAGGUGUGAUCACAGCCAACUCUUGCCCUUGAGUUGGCUGUUGAAUCGACGGCAAUAAGGAACACAUACACUUUACCUCAGUGUGUCCAUGGAACUCAUACACACAGCAGCUGGGAACCAUGAUCAGAUUUAAUUAUACGUCUGCGUCAAACAGCUGCAUGCCGAGCUACAACAGGUCUAUGCCACCGGCGUAGCCCUCAGAAUCCAUCACAGAAGGUAACGCACACCUCUCCAGAAAUGUAAAAUGGAACCGGGAUAGGUGAAGGCCCGAGUCCUCCUGGUGUGUCUUUCAGUUAAUUUAUAAUGGAGCAGAUCCGUAUGUUUGCCAACAUGUAAAUGUGUAUCUCACAUGACAUUGCAAGGUCUUGGACUUCUAGCAGUCUCGAAAGGUAUUCACAGCCUCAACCCCAGCAACCACUCUUUUUCCAGCAAUUUGCGGGACUUUGCCACUCUGGGCCGAUGAGAUAAAUCACCUAAGGCUACUUGGAGUGAAUUCAAGUCAUGGUUUCACAGUAAAUGCUGUUAACAUGUGAUUUUGCGCCCCUUUGCGGGCAAAGUGGUGCCUUUUUGUUAUUGACCCUGUGACAUCAUUGAUUGAGCUAUCUUCACAACACUUAAUACACUUUUUAAUGGUCCUCUGUCCUCCGUGCAUGGCACUAUAAUCUGACAUGUCCAUAGAGCAUUUGUCGCAAAUUGUGUAAUUUGCUCCGUUGGAUAAGAACAUUCUUUACAUUUUCACAAGACUUUUACUAUAUAGAGAAAUUAAUCCAGAAGAUUAACAUUAUGGCUGAAAGAGGAAAUCAUUAACAGCAUGUAAAAUGGACUACUUAAGGUUGGAAUAUAUGUUAACAAACACACAUCCAUUAAAGAUUAGCAGACAUCACUUAUGUCAACAUUUUCUUGCGGACUAUGCUCAGUGGGGUGUUCAACAAAGCCGGUUUUAUCACAUAACCAGGUAAGUUAACCCAGGGUUUGCUGUAACCCUAGGUUUUCCGUUCCAAAAGGAUCACGGUAUGUUAGUUUUAUAGAAACAUGCUCUGAAUCAAACCUGGUCGGAGCAGGUUUUGCGCAGGUUAAGUUUGAAACAUAACCCGGUUUUGGGUAUUUAAUCCGCGUUCACCGCAGAUUUCAUGUGUUCACAAUGGCAUGCCCUUUUGAUGAGAGAACUGCUGAUAUCGGAGCGCAAAUUAUACGUGCAAUCCACCGGGAGCGAUUGAUAAGACCACGGCUCGACAUCUUGGCAUAUCAAAUUACUUUUUGCUGGAGUGGAGAGAUAGGCCUAUAGAUUCUCGCGCAAAUCUUUAAUAUAAAUAGCCUUACAUAGCCAACACUACCAAUCGAGGACCUGGCCUCAGUUCACUCCAGACUAUUUGCGUAGCCCUCUGUUUUUUGCAAAUGGUAGUUUUAUCUAGGUGUAUAAUGUUGGAGAUGCUGAGCACAUCUCAGUCCUUUCAGAUGACCCAUCCAAGAUUUGUAUCGGCCUCCUAUCAUACAAAGAGCAAUAUUGUCUGAGUAGGCCUACUAUGCCGAGAGGCACUUACAACACAAAGUAUAAAAUAGUCCUAACAGACUUGCAUCCACUGGAGAAUGUUUGAUCGUUACACGCACUAAUCCAUCUUGAUCUGUGAAGUUGAUGAAUUGUCACUUUUAGGUUUUCUACCCAGUUACCAAAAAAAUAAACAUUUGGAAUAGUAUGCGCUGUGGCAAGCACAUGGUUUGCAUGCGUUAUUUCGAAGGCAAAAAAAAUCUCAAAUACAAGAAACCACAAAAACCUACAUUCAACCAGUGGGGUAUGGCCCCUGACACUCUGAGGAGGUAGGUACCUACCUCCAGGUACCCCCUCCAUGCCAGGGCGCCCUGAAUUUAUGUUUAUUAACAGCUCCUCCACCGGGGUCAAGACAAUUUGAGGGCCAGAUCCAGUCUGCCGACUGUCGGCCUUUUCACGAUUGGCUUAAAAAAAUGGCUUAUUUAAAUAUAUAGCAAUACGAUGGUGGGAAAAGCUUACCAGUUUCAUUUUUAUAGUACUUGAUCCGCUGACCGCUUGGAAGCCAUCGGAGUACAUAUUUAUUUAGAAGAAAGGGGUUAUGUGGUAGGAUCUUUAAGAAUGCUUAACUGGGAUAUUUAUAUAUUCAUGGCUCAAAUAUAAAG